GUCCUAACGGUCUGGGGCUCGGCGGCGGGAGGGUGAUGUGAGCGAGGACGAGGAGUGGCACAGGUGCUGUGCCCAGCCGCGGGCUCGAGGAACAUUGGAUCAGCGUUGAGGAGUUGGAAUCUGAGCUGCAGACAUUGCGCCACAUCAGAGAAAGGGAGUGUUACAGAGCACUUUGUUCCAGAGGGUAGUCGUACCUCUCUGAGCACCAUUCCUGUGCAGAUGCCAUGAAAUUGGAAACAAAAGCAUUUUAUUGAACAGUGUGGAAGGGAAAAGUAAUCAGCUUUGAAGUAUUCUACCAUGGAGACUAAAGGUUUGAAAAAGAGAAGACCAGGUUAUUUUGCCAGGCUGAAGAAGAAAACAAAGCAACUGAAAGAAAAGGAAGAAGAAUCUUCAGAUUGCCAGGCUGAAAAACCUCUACAUAAAAUAGAAGAGCAAACUGGUGAAGGUGCUUCUAAAGAAAACUUCAAUGUAUCAUCACUACAUUUGGUUGACCAUGAAACACUUAUGGAUACAUCAAAAAGCUCCUUAAAAAUGGGGGACAAUACUGUAGAAAACAAUAAAAGAAAAUCUCUAAGGAAAGAAAUCCGACGUGCAGAACUCAAGAGUUUUUACUUGUCUGGUGACAGUCUGAUAAACAAUGAGAGAGAGAGGAAACUGGUUGCUCAGACGCCAACAGGAACCACAAAAUACACGGUUGACUCUCAGGACACAUUGAAUUCCAUUGCUUUGAAAUUCGAUGUUACUCCAAAUAAACUUGUUCAGAUUAACAGGCUUUUCAGUCGUGUUGUUGUUCCUGGUCAGAUUUUAUAUGUACCAGAUUCAUGUUCCUCACAUGGUAUAGCAAAUUCACCAGACUGUGUUAGCCCUCUUACUCCACCUUCAUCUGAUGCUGAGUAUGAUAAACUUCCAGAUGCUGAUUGUGCAAGAAAGGUAACUGCAAAGAAUUUCUUCUCCUCACCAGUGCAUUCACAAUCUAUUAUGAGAGUAACAUCUUCAGGUUCAGAAGAUGACGAACCACUUACUGAGAAAUUUUUGAAAAUGAACUGCAGAUACAUAACAGAUGGCGAGGGUGUAGUGGGAGGAGUUAUGAUUGUCACUCCAAAUAACAUAAUGUUUGACCCACACAAGUCCGAUUCCCUUGUCAUAGAGAAUGGUUGUGAGGAGUAUGGACUUAUUUGCCCCAUGGAAGAAGUGAUAUCCAUUGCUUUGUACCCUGAUAUCUCGCACAUGAAGAUUAAAGAUGCACUUCCAUCUGAUGUACCAAAGGAUCUCUCUCCUCUGUAUAGGCCUGGAGAUUGGGAUGAUCUAUCUGCUGAGAAGGACCUAAAUCCAUUUAAUCGUUUCAAGGGUAUGAAUACAACUAGUGAGUUGAAGACACAUGAUUCCUUGGAGAACUGUUAUCCUGUCCAAAAAAGUAUGGAAGAUGCAUCUGGUGAGGUUUUUACAGAACUUGCACCAUCCCCAAUUGAAGAGGAACGUGCUGCUGUUGGUAGGGAUGUUGCUAAACAUACGCUGUCAAAAGUCAGUUCUGUGGAGUCUGACCUGCAAGACAAAGGAUAUUACGGAAAGGAUUCAACUACUGAAGGGAAAUCAACACACUUGUCUGAAACAUUGGAAAGUAAGAAACCUGACUUACUUGUGAAAGUUAGUGAUUGCAGUGAACAACAAACCGUGUUUCAAAAAACUUUGACUGGGCAAUUGUCAAAAAUGUGCAUUCAUUCUUUUGAAAGCCCAACUAAAAUGGUAGGUGUUCCUUUAGAUGAGGUUAGUUCUGUGAACAAUGAAGUUAUUUGUAAUAGUGGUGACCUUUCAACUGAUAAAAACAAAGGAAUCAACCUAGAAAAUGACUUGACUGAAGGGAGUAGAACUCCCUUGGUGCAGGUUUAUUCAUCUGGUGUUCAUCGAAAUAACAGUGAAAUGACAAAAUCUGCUCUGACGGAAGUAAUUGAGGAAGAUAAUUUUGAAGCUGGUUGUCAAUCAGAAAUACAAGCUUUCUUUAACAAACUUAAAGGACCAAUUGAAGAUAUGCUUCCAUCAAAAGAGGAGAAGAGUAAGAAACCACCUAUGUUCCUCUGCAUUAAAGUUGGGAAACCUAUGCGAAAGUCAUUUGUAUCAUACAAUUUGACUACAAUGCAUCAAUAUGUGAAGAAGGGCAAACAACCAGAGUAUUGGUUUGCAGUUCCACAAGAAAGGGUAGAUCACCUGUAUGCAUUCUUUGUUCAGUGGUCACCAGAAGUGUAUGGGAAAGAAGCCAAAGACCAGGGAUUUGUGGUGGUUGACAAGGAUGAGCUGGAAAUGAUUGACAAUUUCUUCAGUGACCCAAUUCCUAAAAGUUGGGAGAUUAUCACCAUUGAGGAGGCAAAACGACGCCAGAGUGUUGGGAGUUUUUAUGAAGAAGAGGCAGAUGAUCUGCAGCCUGUUCUUACAGACCCUAGUGAACUGCUGGAGAGUUUCCACAUUGAAAAGCUAUCACAACACCUUCCUGCAAGAACACAGGGAUAUGCUUGGCGACUUACAUAUAGUACAGCAGUUCACGGAACAAGCUUGAGAACGCUUUACCGGAGUUUGGCUGUUAUUGAUACUCCUGUCCUCCUUGUUGUCAAAGAUAUGGAUAAUCAGAUAUUUGGAGCAUUGGCAUCACAUCCUUUCAGAUUAAGUGACCAUUGUUUUGGUACAGGAGAAACCUUUCUCUACACAUUCAAUCCACAGUUGAAGAUAUUCAGAUGGAGCGGAGAAAAUUCUUACUUCAUUAAAGGAGACAAAGAUUCUUUAGAACUAGGUGGAGGCAGUGGCCAUUUUGGCUUAUGGCUUGAUGCAGAUUUAUAUCACGGACGAAGCAACCCAUGUAGUACAUUUAACAACGAAACACUGUCAAAAAAAGAAGACUUCAUUGUGCAAGAUUUGGAAGUGUGGACAUUUGUAUAAAUUUGCUGACUUUUUACCUGUGCCACCUUAAUUCUGCUGUUCAGCUCAUUGGAUGGUAUGGUUCCACUGCUAGCUGCCUUAUAUUGUGUCCAGUGCUCUCAAGAUACCAUAAAGGAGCAUGUAUCUGAAUGCUUAAGCUGCAAUUUAAAGCUGAACUAUAAAGGAGAUUACAGGCCACAGCUUUCGAGCAAGUUGAUGUUUACACUACUGCAUUCCAUCGUGUGCUAAAAGAAGACAGUUAAGUCUGUGAGUCUUGUGAUGGUCUUUUUUAGUGUGAAAGAGGAACAGAAGAAAACUUUCCUUCCAAAUGUGGUGCGGUAGCCAAAGAGUGGCUGGCUGUAAAGUACUAGUAUGACCAAAGCCAUGGUGCAAGGUGAUGCUUUCCAAUUUAACAGUAUGGUUAAUACAAAGCAUUUUAAGACUGCAUAAUGCGUGUUGAAGGCACACCGUUCAGGACUAGAAUGUUAGUUCAGACAUUUUAAUUGUUUAAUGACAUUACUUAAAGUUCUAACUGGAAUGUUUAAUGUUCUGUAGAAAUACUUGUUUUCCAACAAGUGAAAGUGAAUUUUUUGAAAAAGUGAUAAUCGUGGGAGGGGGAAGAAAAUAUUGUAAUUAUGUCAACAUCAUUUAUAUAUUAUCGUACAGUACUUUAAUUUAAUGCAACUUUUAUAUUUGUUUUUGGUUACAUAAAUGUUUUAUACCCUGUACUUGGGUUGGUUUUGUAUCGGUGCAGGCACUGAACGCCAUGUUUCAAAUCUUUGUUUACAGUUCAAAAAUGAUUAUGUAGAAUAGUUUUUUGUGUAUGUACUUUUGCAUUUGUUUGAACAUUCCAGUGUUUUAAGGGUAUAAAGGAACUGGUAAGCACACAAGGAAUAUCAUCGCACUUUCAAAGAAAUGGCAGGAGCUUUUGGCACCAUAUACAGCAUGAAUUGUAAAUAAUCAAGACUAUACAUACAUUAUUCUUCCUUCAUUUUAGUCAAUUAAAGUGCAUUUUGUGCAACAAAGUAUGGUGCAAAAAAAGUUUUUGAUUUCUGGAUUAUUUUGUUAUUAAGUGGUUGAACAGAUUGUAAAGAAACAUCAUCAAACUUUUCAAGAUGCUUAGAGUGUUUCAAACGCAUGUUUAUAGGGAUUUUUCCCCUCUUCUGGAUCAGAUAGUGAAACAUUGAUAUUAAAAUGCUGUUUCCAUAAGGUGCCAUUUCUACUUCUGAUCAACAAAAAUUCUGCAACAAGAACUGAAGAGCAUUUCAAUACUAGAUAAAGUCAUGGGUUUUUAGCAAUUGUUUUGCAUAUUUUGCUGUUGUGGAGGUCGUUAAGAAUAUCUGAAUAGAGCACUAAAUAUUUCACCAAUGUUUUUUAAAGUUUAGCAUUUGAUAUGUUAAACAAUAGCUUACGAAUCAUAUUAUAUUAAAACACUAUAUCUAGUGUAAUGAAAACAUUCUAAUUGUAUCUGAAUUCUGUACCUGUGAAUGUCAUCAUUAAG